AUGCAACAGCUGAUAGACAUGAAUGAUGGCAGGAGUGAGAGGCCCCUGGAGUCGUUGGCCUGGGAGCUUUGGAGCAUCAACGGUAACCAUGACCCCCUGCUUCUGCUGUGUGUGUCCUUGCCUCUCAUCUUGGCAACAGUUACAUUUGAACUUGAAAACCAUGACGACAUGGAUGGAUCAUUGCGUGUCAGCAUCCCUAUGGAGAUGCCUCUCCGUCCUCUGCUGGGCAGCAAGGUAGUGGUGCCCUGCUACUUCCAGGACAACACAGUCAACGACCCCGGAGCCCCGACCCUCGCCCCGCUCUCCCACCGCAUCAAAUGGUCCUACGUCACCAAGGAGAAAGUCACCACCAUCCUGGUGGCGUCCGAGGGGAAAGUUCAAGUGGAGACUGAGUAUUUGGACAGGGUGACAAUGAUCAACUACCCGCUGGUGUCCACCGACGCCACCCUGGAGAUAACAGAGCUGAGGUCCAAAGAUUCUGGCACCUACCGCUGCGAGGUGAUGCACGGCAUUGAGGACAACUAUGACAUGGUGGACAUCCAGGUUCAGGGUAUCGUGUUCCACUACCGAGCCAUCUCCACCCGCUACACCCUGACGUUCGAGAAGGCGAAGGCCGCCUGCAUCCAGAACAGUGCGACCAUCGCCACUCCAGCCCAGCUGCAGGCUGCCUACGACGACGGAUACCACCAGUGCGAUGCUGGAUGGCUCUCCGAUCAGACUGUCAGGUACCCCAUCCAUGAGCCACGGGAGCGUUGCUUUGGAGACAAGGAGGACUUCCCCGGCGUGAGAACAUACGGUGUGAGAGAUGUCAACGAGACCUACGACGUAUACUGCUUUGCCGAGAAGCUGUCAGGCAGGGUCUUCUACUCCAUGUCUGUAGAGAAGUUUAGCUUCUAUGAAGCAGGAGAUCAGUGCGGCAAACUGGGUGCCCGACUUGCCACCACCGGAGAGCUGUACCUGGCCUGGAAGGACGGCAUGGAUGUGUGUAACGCUGGCUGGCUGGCGGACAGGAGUGUUCGCUACCCAAUCAACAUCGCCAGGCCUCAGUGUGGAGGAGGACUCCUGGGAGUGAGAACCGUCUACCUGUUCGCCAACCAGACAGGAUACCCCUACCCGGACUCUCGCUACGAUGCUGUCUGCUUCCAAGCUGGUGACGUGCCCGUGAGGACCACUCCUUUCCCGGACAUCAUCCGCAUGACACCGGCCCCUGAGAUGUAUCCGGGCCUCACCCCCUCUGUGGGAGAGGAGAUCAAGCGUGGAGGAGUCGACACCUUCACCCCACUGCCCGUACCGCCCAGUAUGACCGACGUAGAUACUGCCAUGGCUCCCACAGGUGUUGUAUUCCACUACCGACCCAUCACCGGUCGGUACACUCUGACCUUUGUGGAGGCUCAGCAGGCCUGCCAGAGUGUUGGGGCAGUCAUCGCUAGCUCCCUGCAGCUGCAGGCAGCCUUCGAGAAAGGCCUGCACCAAUGUGAUGCCGGCUGGCUAUGCGACCAGACUGUCAGGUAUCCCAUCGUGUCACCCAGAGAUAACUGUGCUGGUAAUCUGCCACUCCUCCCAGGAGUCAGAUCCUACGGCCUGAGACCAGCCAAUGAACGUUACGAUGUAUUUUGUUAUGUGGAACGUCUCCAAGGUGAGGUCUUCUUCACCAGUGACUAUGACAGCUUCUCCUAUGAGGAAGCUGUGCAGCACUGUCAGAAACUCAACACAACCUUGGCCACCACUGGGCAGCUGUUUUCUGCCUGGAACCAAGGGCUUGACAAGUGCCGUCCAGGCUGGUUGCUGGACCGCAGCGUCCGCUACCCGAUCACAACCCCCAGGUCACACUGUGGAGGCGGCCAGGUCGGGGUCCACAUUAUCUACGCCUACCCAAACCAGACAGGAUUUCCUGAUGAGCAUUCACGCUACGACGCCUACUGUUUUAAAGCUGAAGUUCCUGUUGUUCACUUUGAAAAUGAAACCAGUGUGAAUCUGACAAUCGAUGUUGAUGUGGAUGUUGAUGUGGAUGUCAUCAACAAGACAACAGUCACAUUUGAUUCCUUCGCUCCCACAGUGAGACCCAUCUUUCCUACAGUCCCUGUUGAUGUGUCCGGCUCUGGUUCAGCUGAUCAUUCAGCCAGCGGAGAGAGCUCAGGGGAGUCCGGUACCUCCGGCGCCUUCGGCAGCUCCGGUACCAGUGGUGACGCCUCCGGGACCAGCGGUGACGCCUCCGGGACCAGCGGUGAUGCCUCCGGUACCAGCGGUGACGCCUCUGGGACCAUCGUUGACGCCUCCGGUACCAGUGGUGACGCCUCCGGUACCAGCGGUGACGCCUCCGGCUCAGGAGAGAACGUCAUCUUCAGCGGAAGCCCUGACGUCUUCUCCGGGGAACAGUCCGCCUCUGGAGGCCCGCAGGAGGCAGAAGGGGGAAGUGCUGUCAUCGUCACAUCUGGCGAAUUUGGUAGUGCAUCUGGAUCCGGGGAGGUUGUUGACAGUCAGCAUUCUGGCUUCGGUGUAUCUGGAUCAGGUUCUAUCAGUGGAAGCGGAGACAUCAGUGGUAGUGGAGGAGACUCAGUGAUCAUCAUGGUGGAUGGGAUGAUGGAGGAGGUGUCGAAAACUCACCAAAAACCCAGUGAGCAGGAGUUGGGCCAGGGAGGCAUUGAUACCAGUGGGUCUUUCUUGGAAUCAAGUACCUACGGAUCUGGAGCUUUGUCCGGGUCGGGCUCCGGUGGAUUUUCUGGCAUCUCAUUUGUCGACCACAGUGCCGUUGACCUGACAGUCCAGCCGUCUGGUGAGCAGGAGGUGUCUGGAUAUCGCCCCUCUGGAUCCGGGUUCCACAGCGGCUUUCCAAGUGGUUUUCCAAGUGGUUUUCCAUCCGGUGUCUCAGGCUCUGCCUCUGGAGACUUUAUCCUGCAUCGUGGUGAUGUCAUCUACCUAACAGACAAUGACAUGAUGGAGGUGACCGCACGGCCGGAAGUACGCCACCCUGAGCAGGGUCGUGGGGUGGUGGAGAUCAGCGGCGGAGGAAGCGGGUCAGGGAUCCAUCAUGAAUUCAGAGGCACUUCGGAUGAAAUCUUGCAUUUCUCGGGAAGCGGAGCCCCUCAUGAAAAACCGACCGCUGACGAGCUUUCCGUCGCCUUGCCCCCUGGAUCGCAGACGACUUACACCGAGUACAUUUCCGGUCUCGGCCUAUCAGGACUCGGGGAGGAGGGUCAGGAAAGCCUUGCAGGCCAUACAGUGCAUGUAGUGACUCCAGAGGCAGCCUACACCAGCCCAACCACAGCACCGUCAGUGUCAUUAGCAACCCCUGCAGUAGUACAGCAGCCUGAACUCGUAGAAGCCUUGGUAGACCCCUGUGUUCCAAACCCCUGCAGUUCAGGAACCUGCUCUGUGCAGGGAGAGCUCGCUGUGUGUCAGUGUCCUACUGGUUUCACUGGUGAAGACUGCUCAACACCUGUGCAGGGCUGUGCGGAGGGCUGGUUGGAGUUCAUGGGCAACUGUUACCUCCACUUUGCUGAGAGAGAUACCUGGUCUGAGGCUGAGCAACGCUGUCAGGAGGUCAACGCCCACCUGGUUAGCAUCGGCUCCCAGGAGGAGCAGCAGUUUGUCAACUCCAAUGGCCAGGACUACAUGUGGAUUGGACUCAAUGACAAAGAUGUGCAGAAUGAGUUCCACUGGACAGACGGCAGUCCUCUGAGCUUUGAGAACUGGAGGCCAAACCAGCCAGAUAACUACUUCAACUCUGAGGAGGAUUGUGUGGUGAUGAUCUGGCACGAGGGCGGACAGUGGAAUGACGUGCCCUGCAACUACCACCUUCCCUUCACCUGCAAGACCGGACCUGUCAUGUGCGGCGCUCCCCCUGAGGUGGAACACGGCCGGCCGAUGGGCAGCGGCAGAGAGCACUACCCCGCCAACUCUAUAGUCCGCUACCAGUGUGACGCAGGCUACACGCAGCGCCACCUGCCGGUCAUACGCUGCAUGCCAGACGGGCAGUGGGAGCAGCCACAAGUGGAAUGUACAGAAGCCGGCGCCAACAGUAACAGGCUACACAAAAGAUCCCUCAGGAGAAGAAGUAAAGCGGUCGGCAGCCGACAGGAACAGAGGAAGCUGCACUGA